UCCUCCUCCUCCUCGUCGUCGUCCGUCCCGCCAUGCGGCACCUCGGGGCUCCCCUCCCACAGCCGGCGGAAGAAAGAAUGGAGAUGAUUUUUGAAAGACCAAAAGAGGGUAUUCGUUGGAACAUUACCCCAGAGAAGAGCGAUAUCGAGGCUGUAGAAGCCCUCAUGUCCAUGAGCUGUAGUUGGAAAUCGGAUUUCAAGAGAUAUUCUGAAACCAGACCUAUCACCCCAGCAUCCGACGUGUCCGAAGAACCCGAAGACGGUCUACUACCGGGAGCUGCGGAUUUCCACACGCUACCAGCAUUUUGUUUGACUCCACCCUACAGCCCCUCAGAUUUCGAAGCGUCUCAGACGUCGAAUCCAGCGGUACAAGCACCACCGACUGCGCACUUCAAACCCUUCCCAGAUGCUUCCAGACCUCACGUCGGAAAAGAUGACGAUAAGGUUCCGGGGCCGGCGCCGAGACCCCCGAAAGCCCAAGCGACCAGCGUGAUCCGCCACACAGCCGAUGCCCAGCUAUGCAAUAACAGGUCGUGUCCGGUGAAAGCGGCCGGCUUCCCGCGCUAUCAGGACAGUUCCUUCCGGAGAAGAAGUCAACUCAGCGACGAGCCGUCGAGAAGAAACCUCCCCUGCGCCACGGUGUCCCCAAGCAGAUUGAAACGCGAGGGGGAGGCGGAGGCCGAAGCAGAAGAGAAGCCAAGCGUUACCCUUUAUGACUUUUCCGCAGAAACUGUUAUCAGUAGACCUCAGCCGGGACCCUCCCAUCAGAAGUCGGUGUUGGUGUCUCCACCCGCUGUAUCGACAAACGGGGUUCCACCCAUGCCCGUCCUUUGCCAGAUGGUCCCCCUCCCUUCCACCAACCCCGUCAUGACAGCAGUCGUCCCCAACGCUCCUCCCAGUCAGCAGCCCGCACUUUGCCAGCCCGUCGUGUUCAUGGGGACCCAGGUCCCGAAGGGGGCUGUUAUGUUUGUCGUGCCGCCGCCCGUCGUUCCGAACGCAAAACCCCCGGCGAUGAGCCCAAAUGGCACCAAACUGUCUCCCAUUGCUCCUGCCCCAGGGUUUGCCCCCUCCGCAGCUAAAGCCAUUCCCCAGAUUGACACGUCGAGGAUCAGGAGUCACAUUUGCAGCCACCCCGGGUGCGGCAAAACCUACUUUAAAAGUUCUCAUUUGAAAGCCCACAUGAGAACACACACAGGAGAGAAGCCCUUUAGCUGUAGUUGGAAAGGCUGCGAAAGGAGAUUUGCACGGUCAGAUGAACUUUCCAGGCACCGACGAACGCACACGGGUGAGAAGAAGUUCGCUUGCCCGAUGUGCGACCGGCGAUUCAUGAGGAGCGACCACUUGACGAAGCAUGCCCGCCGCCAUUUAUCGGCUAAGAAGCUGCCGAACUGGCAAAUGGAAGUGAGCAAGUUAAAUGACAUUGUUAUUCCCCCAGCAGCCGCCCCCGCCCAGUGACGAAAUGAUCCCUGAAGAUUCAGAACUAACUUAUCACAGCCACAAACCAGCAGUGAUGUAAAAACGCUUCCACUCCAGUUCUGUGGUGCUUCAAUACCAAUUGUAGACGGAACGCCAGUGGAUUGAGGCAAAGAAGCAGUCUGGGUUUCCUGACCAGAAGAAAUGCCAUAGUCUGAAAGGGCUGGUCAUUAACAGAAUGGCAGACUUCAUUUGCACAUGAGAAAGGAGAUGUAGUGAUUCUGUUUUGUUUUUUUAAAGGUUUGAGUAGGGCAACACAAGUAGCAACAGGUAUUGAGUUUGUAUGCACGUUUGUUUCACCCUUACUGUUAAUACUUGAGGCCAACUUCAAACAGGAUUCUUCUAAAGAUACUGCCGAGGUUUCAAGAUGAAAUAGACUAGAAAGGAAUAUAAUUCACGGUACAGAAGUGAAGUUGUAAAAUUGACUUUUUAAAAAAAUCUAAAAUACGGUCACCAUUUUGCAGCUGGGUAUUUUGUUUUCUGUUCAUUGAAGUCAAUUUAGUGUGUACAGUUGUCAAAUAUAACUAAUACUGGUGGCUUCACACUUGGUCAUAUUUGAAAAUGAAUGAAACCAGUCAUAAGCUGGAGAGGGCCAAAAAGUAUUGGAAUCCUCACUAAUUUAAUUGUUUUAACGUGUAGCUCCAAUUGGUUUUUGCUUUUCCUUUUGAAAUUCAUGCAGUCUAGGGCAUAAUUACGAUAAAUUUUAGUCUGCCUGCAGGUUUCUAUGUAGAAUUGAAAAUUGUAUGCCAACGUGUUUUUCAUGAACUCUGAGAUACACUGCACUUUGUUUAGAAAUAUAAUCUGAAGAUGAAAAUCUUUUGUAGUUUUUAAGAAGGAAGAUCAAGAAUGAUAAGCUCUCUUUGAAAGAUGGUUUAUACUAUAGGCAAAAAAUAUCCAUGUAUUAGGAUAUAAUGUGUGCUGUAUUAGAAUGUUAGUGAUUAUUUGUAAAGUGUAAAAAUGACCGCUUGAAGAGUGUCUCCUAAAUUAAUGGGAUUUUAAGGACUUUGCUGGGGGCGGUGGUUACAUUUCAUUAACAGUAGUUCAAUUAUAUUGGCUUAUUGUGGAUGCUAAUCCACAAAGGAGCAAAUUGAAAUGGUGGAAAAGACAGUGAAAAUUUCACUGUUGUCCCCUCACCUUUUUCUUUUUUUCGAAUCUGGUUUACUUUUUAAAUAGCAGGUAAAGCCCCUAAUAAGCAAUAUUAUCCCCCAUAAAAUUUUUUUUUUUUACUAUGUUUCAAACUGCACACCUCCCCCUCCACCCCAGGGAAAUGUUAUAAGGAAAUUUCAUUGUAAUAUAAAAAAAAUUAUUGUGACUACUCUAAAGAUUUGCACAAUAUUUCUUAUGUUUUACUUUAUAUCUUGUUUACAAUAAAUGAUUUUCUUUGCUAUAGAACACGGUAUCUU